AUGAAGGUGGAGGUGAUCUGCCUCGGCCUUCAGUUGGCAAAAAGCCUGAGGCAACGGCUAAAGCUACUGCUAAGCAUCUGGCCGUUGGCGGGAGUCCUUGCCGCGCACAUCGCUCCAGAGCCGCCGCACGCAGUUCCAGUGGUCCACGUCAGUCCAGAGAAAGUUCCUCGUCGGAUACAGGCUCUUCAGAGCUAUGGGAACCUGAAGCUGACCCAAACAGCAGUGACUCAUCUCCCGAUUCCCCCAGAGCAACCGGCAGAGCAGGUAAUGCAAGAUGCAAGAUGUUGA